AUUACGGUCGUGGAAGUGGCACAUGGAACCCGCCGCUGUCUGCGUGGAUCUGAGAGUCUCCACGAUGUGAGGAGACGCUCCGUGGACCCCCGAUCUCUAGUCCAUUUCCUCCAGUCCCGAGAAGCGGACGCACCGCGGCAUGUAGGAUCCAGUUGGAGCGGGAGGGGGCGGCGGUUCCGGAGACCAGGACAUCCGCAAAAGGAGAAGCGAUUUUUGGGUGAAAUGGAGACGCCGCCGGGGAGAUUCGCCUGCCGGAUCACGACGUCGCCAGCGGAGUAACCGAGUCCAGCGCAGGUCUGAUGGGAUGGCAGCAUCCAGCAACUCCAGCCUCUCUGGUUCAUCCCUGUCAUCUGACCCAGAGGAUUACCAGCCGCCCAUAUGGAAGUCCUACUUGUACCAACUGCAGCAGGAGGCCCUGCGACCAAAGAGGAUCACGUGUCCUCACGAGAUGGAGAGCAGACCCAAAUACUACGGCAGAGAAUUUCAUGGGAUGAUCUCCAGAGAGUAUGCGGACGAGCUGGUGGGCUCAGUGGAGGGGUCCUACCUCAUCAGGGAGAGUCAGCGACAGCCCGGGACUCACACUUUGGCCUUAAGAUUCGGCCACCAGACCCUCAACUACCGAUUGUUCUACGACGGGAAGCACUUUGUUGGCGAGAAAAGGUUCGAGUCGGUCCACGACCUUGUGACGGACGCCCUCAUCACGCUCUACAUCGAGACCAAGGCAGCGGAGUAUAUCGCCAAAAUGACCACCAACCCCAUCUAUGAGCACCUGGGUUACACCUCGCUGCUCAGAGACAAGAUGGUUCACCGGCUGAACCGCGUCCGCUGCGAGCCUCGCAGGGUCACCUUCCAGAGGGACGAACAGAUCACGUCUCCGCUGGUGCGACGGACGGCUCUGAAGGACGCGCCGGAGCGGCAGUGCUCCUACGAGAAGAUCCACAACUUUAAGGUGCACACCUUCAGAGGACCGCACUGGUGCGAGUACUGUGCCAACUUCAUGUGGGGCCUGAUCGCCCAAGGAGUCCGAUGUUCAGACUGUGGGCUGAAUGUACACAAACAGUGUUCCAAACUGGUUCCCAGCGACUGCCAGCCGGACCUGCGCAGGAUCAAGAAGGUCUUCAGCUGCGACCUCACCACGCUGGUCAAGGCCCACAACACCACCCGACCCAUGGUGGUGGACCUGUGCAUACGGGAGAUCGAGCUCAGAGGGAUGAAAUCUGAAGGUCUGUACCGGGUGUCCGGCUUCUCAGAGCACAUCGAGGACGUCAGGCUCUCCUUCGACCGAGAAGGAGACAAGGCCGACAUCAGCGCCAGCGCCUACGCCGACAUCAACAUCAUCGCUGGAGCUCUGAAGCUCUAUUUACGAGACCUCCCCAUCCCCAUCAUCACCUUUGACCUCUACUCCAAGUUCAUCCAAGCUGCCAAGAUUCCCAACGCCGACUCCAGACUGGAGGCCAUUCACGAGGGUCUGCUGCAGCUUCCCCCGGCUCACUAUGAGACCCUGCGCUACCUGAUGGCUCACCUCAAGAGGGUGACCAUGUUUGAGAAGGACAAUUUAAUGAGCGCGGAGAACCUGGGCAUCGUCUUUGGGCCGACGCUGAUGCAGCCGCCGGAGCAGAACGCCCUGACCACGCUGAACGACAUGAGGCAGCAGAAGCUGGUGGUGCAGCUGAUGAUCGAGAAUGAAGACGUCUUGUUCUGAAGCGCCGCAGGAACUGCAUGGAACUUCUUUUCUACUUUGUCUUGUUACUGUACGUCGGAGGUCCUGGACCUCGCUGUCGGAGGCCGCUUCUACCUGGUGUAGGGUCAGUCUCCGGGACCGCGCCGCGUGGACUCGCUCGCGUCGUGGAGGGCCUCGGAGCGUCGGCCAAGAUGACGUUCCUACGUGUCCCAUGUGCGUGUUGUGGUGUUUGUGGGAAUGCUGGUUCACCUCUGGAGCUCCAAAACAGAGGCUUUUCCUUUCCUUGUACAGAAACAUGAUCUUGCCUCGGUCGGGAUUUGAACUCAAAACAAGCACUUUUUGGCGUAAAGUUUAUUUUGUAAAGAUGUUUAUUUUUGUUGCGUCCCAUAAUUAAUAUAUGCUGUCAGGAAUGUUGCUUGUUAACUUGAUGUUUCAUUACAGAGUGGUUCACAGUGACGACGUGCCAUCUUCAUGUGACUGGUUGUUUCAAUCCUUUUGAUCACCUGUUGCCAUGACAACCGUCAGGUUUGAGUCCUUUUUACUGGUCCAUUUUCCCAAAUGUACAAAUAAACAUGUAAUUUAUCAAAUAAUUGAGCCUGGACUUUUAUUAGAUUUAUUUAUUAGUGAUGAACCUUUCUGGACAAUUUAAUCUUAAUAUCCAUAUUCUGUAUUUUCAUUUAUGUUUACAAAAAAAUAGUAAAUUGGGGAAAUACAUUUUCGAUGUGUGAUGCUAGAGAUAAAGACAAUAAAAAAUAAAGUACUGUGGAAGUAUGCGGGUACUAAAGAGGGAAAAAAAAUUAUGGCAAUAAAUAUAUUAAUUAAAAAAAAAGAAUGUUUACAAAUGUUCAUUUUGUGACUGAACUGGGAAAUAAAUCUAUUUUAAUAGUAGAAAUCUAGAUGCAUUAAUUGCUUAAGUAUUUCAUUAAGUUCCUUGUUUUUCCUCCUUGUUUUUGUUUUUAUUAAAAAGUCGUAACAUUAUCAUGAUUUUUU